CCAGUUACUUCCGAAGUUUCCCAGCGAGCGGUACACGGGCGGGCGAUUUGUCCGAGAAGUGAAACAAGUCAGCAUUUUUAGCACGUCACGACGAGGCAAGCAAAAUCUUAAAAGAAAACACGAAAAGGCGAGACAGAACUGUGCGUGAAACAUUGUGCAUCGUUGCGAGUGCUUCUAUUCAAAGCACCCAGCGAAAAUAUGUAAAUAAAACGUUGUAAGCUACAGAAUAAGCCCGGUUUCACAGUGCGCCCCAUUCAUAUGCAAAUCGGAAUCGGUGCCGCAAACUAAGCAGCACAUAAUUUGCGAAUUAAAUCAAAACACACAUCGCUCCGUCUCGCUCUUUUGAGCCGGCAUCCUGGCAGCAACAACAAUUGCAGGACAUUAAACGGACGCCUGGCUGAACGUUACGCGACGCGAACCGUUAACCGUUACGCUUCCGCUUUACGGCUUACGUAGCUCGCGCACGGGCCUGUGUGUGUGUGAUUUGCGGAUUUAACAAUUGGCAACGGGGCGGAUGAGAAACGCGAUGCCGCCCACGUAAUGUGUGCCGAAAUUUAAAUUGCACUCUAUGUAUACGACUGUGUGUCGGCGUGAGUGUGUGUGUGUGUGUGUGGAUAACGAUUACCAUAAACGUAAACAAAGGGAUUAGACGUUACGUUGCCGGGAUUACGCCAGCAGUAGCGACAGACUUUUUCCGAUAGCUGCAGCUUCCAUUCUCAGGUUGCAUCCGCCCGAUCAGGCAGAGCUUAAGCUUUGUUCAUCCGCGGCUUUGUUCGUGUGACAAGCGAAACUAAUGAGCACAAGUCGGAAGCAGGAAGCAGCAAGCAGCAAGAAGAGUAAAACUGCUUAAGUAAAUACUCGUAACUGUGAUAAGACCAAAGAAAGCACAGCGGAUCACAAGUUGCGUAAUUACGAGCCAUCGUCCAGUGAUUUUGCGCGCAAUAAAUGUCAACGUGGCAACAAGGAAAGUAAUCACAACUAUUUGCUAAACCCAAGCACCCAGCAAACCAGCAAACCAUCUCACAAAAUGGCUCACCCACGGAAGGCAGUUGCGACACCAGCAACACUUCAACUUGGCCCACCAGCACAAACAGCACAAAGCCCGGCAGCAACAUUGCGGCACAGCAGAACAGCCUCAAGUUCAAGGCGGCUAUCGUUAAUCAGAUGUUUUAUAUCCUGCCACACGUUCAACUUGUUCCUGCUGCUUCUCCUGUUGGCCAGCGGAGUCCGUGCUGCCAGCAAGCUGGCCACUCGGAGCAACAAAACAUCGGGCUCAUCGACAGCAUCGGGAGUCGGAGCCGGAACAGCGGCAACUUCGGCAGCGGCGGCGGCAGCGUCAGGAACACCCAUUUGGGAUCAUGCCAUCGAUUUGAAUGACGAUUUUCGCAUACUAUGGCAAAUCAUUAAUCAGGAUAUAACAUUUGAAAUACAGGCACGUACCCUGGGCUACGUCGGGUUCGGAUUCUCGCCCGAUGGCAAUCUGGCUGGUGCCGAUAUGGCCAUCGGCUGGGUGGACAAGGGUCAAACCUAUUUUCAGGAUCGACACGUCACACGGAAUGGAGACCCCGAACCGGUGGUGGAUCCCUCGCAGGAUUAUAUGCUGAUGCUGGGCUACGAGAACGCGACCCACACGGUCCUCCGCUUCCGACGCAAACUGGACACAUGCGACCCCAGCCACGACAUCGCCAUCACGAACGACACGAUGCGCCUGCUGUACAUGUACCACGCCCAGGAUCCGCCGCACGGCUCGGUGCGUCCUGGCACCCUUCCGGAUCCGGCCCGCGCCUUCCGCCCCUACCGCCCCAUGGUCCUCAUGCAGCGCGCCCAGCUGCCGAUGCCCUCACCCACGCACGACGAGCGCGUGCGAGUCCUCGAGCUGCGCAACGAGGAUGUGGAGCUGCCCGCCGGCGACCUACCGCUCUUCUGGUGCAAGAUGUUCAAGCUGGAGGACAUCAAUCGCAAGCACCACCUGAUCCGGUACGAGCCGAUUUAUGAUUCAUCGUCCAGCGUGCACUACUUGCAGCACAUAACGCUGCACGAGUGCCAGGGUGCCCACGCGGAGCUGGAGGAGAUGGCACGCGAGCAGGGCCGCCCGUGCCUCGGAGCCCGAUCCAUUCCGCUGGCGUGCAACGCCAUCGUGGCCUCCUGGUCGCGCGGCAGCGAGGGCUUUACUUAUCCACAUGAGGCCGGCUACCCGAUCGAGUCGCGGCAGGCGAAAUAUUAUUUAAUGGAGACCCAUUACAACAAUUUGAAGCCCGACUUUGCCCAAUUGCACGCCAGACAAAUGGCGGAUAAUUCGGGUUUGAAAAUCUACUUUACGCACGUCCUGCGACCUAACGAUGCUGGCACACUGUCAAUCGGAAUGGACCCCAAUUGGCGACACAUUAUCCCGCCGGGCCAGAAGCGGGUCGUUUCCGAGGGUCAGUGUAUCGAGGACUGCACCGGCUACGCCUUCCCCCAGCAGGGCAUCAACAUAUUCGCGGUGAUGAUGCGCACCCACCAGAUCGGCAAGGAGGUCAAAUUACGCCAGAUACGACAAACCGAGGAGCUGCCGCCAAUUGCACACGACAGCAAUAUAGAUGUUGCCUAUCAGGACUUUCGACGUUUGCCACAAUCGGUGCAUUCCAUGCCCGGGGAUAGACUCAUCGCCGAAUGCAUUUAUGACAGUUCGUCACGAAAGGCAAUUACCCUGGGUGGACUUACCAUGAAGGAAGAAAGCUGCACGGUGCUGACACUCUACUAUCCACGCCAGAAGAAACUGACAACGUGUCACUCACUGCCGAGUCUGCCCACAGUGUUGCACUCGCUUGGUAUCGAGCAACUGGCAACCGACUCGAACCCCGUGCUUAUAUCAUCGCCGCCCGAAUUGGCCGGAAUGACACUGGAGGCACGUCUGAUAUCCUACGACUGGGAGAAUCAAUUUGGCGAAUUCCAGGAGGCCACACGCAAGGGCAGCUUCAAGCCCAUUUGCUGGGGGGCCAAGAAUCAUGUGGUGCCGGGCUCCGAGUUUCUCGAGGGCUACAGCAUAAAUGUGACCAAAACGUACAAGAAGCACCGUCGGUGCAAACCCAAGCGGCCCCUGGCCCCGCCCACCGAGCGCACCGCCCCGCCACCCGCGUCCGACCUCAGCGAGCUCCCGGUGCUGCACGAGUUGGACAACAACAACAUCAUCGAGGGAGCGGCGCGGAGCAGUCGCAGCUCGGCGACCGACGUCCACAGCCUGAGCCGCGGGAGCGGUCGCCACUUCAUCAGCUGCCUGCUCUGGCUGGGCGCCUCGUCCUGGUGGCUCCUGCUAAUGCUAAGGACGUGAGGGGAUUGAAAGGGAUUCGGCGGCAGACGAAGCAACAGCAGCAGCACCACAGGCACCACCGUCUCAAUACACUAAACUAACCGUACAGCUGAAGUGCAGUUGAAAAUCAGUGAAAAGCGAAAAUAGGGUACUGAAAUAGCAAACGAAACUCAACUACAGCUCUCUCUCUCUCUCUUUAACUACAAAUGACAUCUCUUAAUCCUACUACAGAUACAGAUACAAAUAGAAGCAGAAUGAAAAUGCGCAAAAGAGGAAAACAUGAAAUAUUCAUAAUAAGCUAACGUAUAACAGCUUUUCCAGACCCCCAACCCCGUACACCUGCUAGUCCCUAACGCCCAUUUAUUUAUGCUCCUCCCUCCACAGUUUUGUUGAUUUUGUUCUAGAGUUUUAGUAAAUUAUUAAUGAUUUUUUUAAGUAGUCUAAGCUGCAAACAAAAUAAAAACAAAUGUCAAAAGCAAAAACUAAAUCAAGAAAAUGAAAAAAAUGGAAAAAUAAGGAAAACAAUGUCGAGAAAAACCGAAAAGCAAUAAUUAGUUGUUGUUGUCGUUAUAAAAUAUACAAAAUGCGAAAUUGUAAAAGAUACAGAUAUUAUAGAUAUACACCGUGGCUACAUAUAUAGCAGUCAUUCCUUCAAACAUAAUGGAUAUAAACCAUACACCUAUAUUUAUAUAUCUAUGUAUACAUAUAGGGACUGACUUAUGUAAAGCUUGAGCGUCUGAUGGGUUUUGUUGGGCAUUGCAAGAAACAAUCGUAGAAGGGAAUGGCAUCAAGUGGCAAGUAGAGGAGCGUGCAUCAGGCCAUUCAUCCCUCCCCCGGUUAAGUUUAGUCCGAUCUACUAGGUGGAACUAAGUUCGAGCGGAAUUAUACAUACUCAAGCAAACACACAAACAAAGACAUAAGCAUGCAUCAUCUUUAUACGUCCAUUUAAGAGAAGCAAAUCGAGAGAGAUAGAAAGGAUUUGGUUAAACGUAAAUUUAAAAAAGACUUGGGUGAAUUUACUCUGUUUUGCAAAAGACUAAGAAGGGAAAUUAAUUAACGGAAAGCGAGAGCUAACUCACACAAUUCAAUUUAGUAAUUUAGGGUGAUUUAAAGGCAAGUUCCAACAAGGACGCAAAUAAACGGAUACAUUUUGACACCCGAUUAUUCGUUUUUGAAAACGCUGUCAACUGACAACUAUCCAUUUAAUCUGACUACAAUUUGCAUGUAUCUUAUUCCUUUUCGUUAACCUAUUCAAAUGACACUACACUCGCGCUUUAUGCUAAGUUUUAUUCAGUUACCUAAUGCAAAUCUACCUGCUCUUUCAACUACAAAACGAAAUUAAGGAAAAGAAGCAUAAAUAUUCAGAGCACUCAAAGUGCUGCCUCCUCUCUUUCUUACUCGCUGUCGUUCUACUAUAACUCUACGUUUAGCACGUUAGGCUAAAGAUAACUUUCUAGACCUAAGUUGUAAAUAUAUAGUACUCUAGCGGACAGAGAACGGGAAACUAAUUGGAUAAAUGGAAAGGUGGGGAGAAGCAUUAUACAGGGUGUGUGAUUAGGUACGGCUCUCGAUCAACUCGAUCAGCUCGAUUAGCUCGAUCGGCUCUAGCAGUUCUAGGCGUAGUAUUGGAUGCCCCUAUAGGUUCUACCUUUAAUUAUAUACGGAUAGACAGUUAGGGGACACUUAGAAAUGUUCCACGGCGCCGCCAAGAUCUGCUCGAAGUAGUAAAAAUAUACCAUAUACAUACGACAUAAAUAUAAAGUACAUUUAUAUAUACACAUACGAUAACUAUAACUAUAAAGUCUAUAUAUACAAUACCAUACAUCUAUAAGUAGUUACGUGGUUCGUAGUUGUAAAUGUGAAUGUGAGUAUUUUAUACAAAACAAAAGGAAAUUAAAUAAAAAAGCAAAGCAUAAAGCGAUAAAAAGAAGAACAUUUUUAUACCAAAAGAAAAGACGAUGAAAAGCCCCCUUGAAGCGAUCGCGAACAGUCGCUCGCUAUAUAUACAAAUCAUAUAUAUUUUAGGAUAACUGAUGUAACUAAGAUUAGUGGCAAGUUGGCGUAAACAGAAAGCAAAUGCAAAGUUGAAACAAUCAAAAUAACAUUUAAACAACAAGCGGCAAAGAGUAAACACUUUUUUGCGCUUAACUAUUAAAAGUUUGCCUCACACAGGCACACACACGCACACGCACACACUGACAUCCCAGUUCGCGGAAAAAGUAAAACUUUGCUGCAGCCAGAAACGCGGCCUUUAUAUAGUAUAUGGGCCAUCCUGUUUUUGAGGUUUUCCCACUUGUCGGGUAACUUUUUAAUGGACCCUCUUGCCAUGCCUUCCAGUUAAACGCCGGCGCCUUCAGCAGUGCCGGCAGCCCCAACUAGGUCUCAUUAGGAGCGAUGAGCAACAGACAUCGUUCUCAUAGUUUUGGCAUUCGAUUCGCCCGCUGUGUCCUUUGUCAUAGCAACCUGGCCACUUUUUCCGUUGCCUCUUUUUACCUUUGUUUGGCACAUUAAUUAAACUUCUUGCCCGGAAAAGCAGAGAAGGAAACUGGGCAAAAACAAGGCGCACAAUUACAAAGGCAGCGGAAGGAAACUAAAACGAAAACAUUCCUUCUUUGGCUCGCCAAUUGAAAAUUAGUUUGGCCAACUGGCAAACAGACAGACACACAACACACUCAGUCACACACAAAAACGGAGGAAAAUGUAUUCAUAUAAUUUAAUGAAAUGCAAACAACAAAAACGGUUUUGGAAAAUGUACUUGCGAUAGAAACGAUAAAAAAGUCGGAAAAUAGUUUCAAAAACUACUUAUACAAAACGUAAUAAAGGGGAACCAGAUGAAAGCUAAAAUAAAAUAAUCCAAAUAAAGCAAAAUACACAGAAACACAAAUACAACGGAGAAGCACAUUGGCAAAGCAAAAGAUAGCCGGAAAUGGAGACCAGGGGUCGGGGAAAGGUGUCUCAGGGACACAGGCUGAUUAGGGGCUGCAUCAUCCUGACCAAAAUUCUACGCAGAUUAAACCAAUGAAUCGGGCUUCUUGGCCGAAAUGGUCCUGGGACGAUAGGAGCAGAAUACUCGGAGCAUUAGAGUCCAUCUCUUCUGCCCGGUUUCGACCAUUCACCAGGCUCUGGUGGCUCAAUGCUUUGUCCGGCACGGCCACUUGGCUCUGUCUUCUAGCCGUCUAUAAGCAUUUAACAUUUUUCCCCUCCGCUUUGACCCACUCUGACUAUGGUCCUUUGUUCGCGCAAAAAAGAGCUGAAGCGGGGCACUCCAUUCAUGAAACUAAUAAGUUUUUAAAACUGACCCAAUUAGCUCGUUUAACUUGUUUCCCCAUUCUGCUGGCGCCUCAAAGACACCUUUUGUUCAUCUGCUCAAAGGCAUUUUGAGAAACAGGCAAAGAAUCGCCCGAUUCACUUGGAUUCAUUUUGGAGGCUGUCAAGAUGGCAAAGUAAGAAACACCCUCACACUGAGAAACCAAAAUAGCAUGUUAGUAGUAUCAAGACUUGUGUAUAUGUUCUAAGGCCCUCUAUUGAAAGUUUUUAUUUUGCGAAAGCGAGAAGGCGAAGAAGUGAAUAAAUGUGAAAAUGAGGAAAGACGGGAAACGAAAACAAAACACAACCUACCUAAAGCGAUAAACAAAACCUAACUAUUUUUAGUGUGUACCUUGAUUUUUUCAUAGCAAAAGAAGCCCCAAGCCAAUAUGGUAUAUGCAGCUGGAGAUCCCAGGAAAACUAAUCUUAAUAGAUAUAUAUGAGAAAUAACGUAAAAGUAAAAGCAAUAAUGAGCAAACGCAUAGCUAUCAAUAGGAAGAUCGAGAGGUAGGCUAAACAAAUACUCUAACUCUAGGCAAACGAUAUAAGUAAGGCAUAGUUGACGAUCGACGGAAGAAACGUGUAGCAUAGUUGUUUGGAAAGCCUAUUGGCGAAAACGGAAACCUAAAUGGUAAUUAAUCGAUCUAUUACAGGUCGGAAUUGAAUAAGGGAAAGCAAAUGGGAACAGGUACGGGCCGAUUAAAAGAUAUAUGAAAAAGGCAGAAAUUGAAUUGCAUAUAAUUAAAGCGUAAUACAAAAACUAUUUUAAAGUAGAGCAGUUUGCAAAAAUAUUUAAAUGUGUCGUUAGAAAACCCCCAAAAAAUGUAGUUGCAUUGUCGUUAGCCAUAGUAGAAAAGUUGCAUAUUGAAUACGAGGACACAGGAGCUAAAAAGAAAAUGAUCGAAGAAGCAUACAUACCAUACAUCAAUCAAAGAGAACUAACAUAGCCGGCAUCUUAGAAACAUCAUCAGUGUUUGUGUAUAAGCCCUGCAUGAAACGAAAUACAUACAAACAGGCCCACAUAGAUACAUAAACAUAUGCAUACCAACAUUAAUAUAUCGUAACGUACGGAUAAAUAUAGCUAAGCCCAACCACUAGUAACCCAAAGCUGUCCCCCGAUAAAACAUAUAGAUCAAUCCCCUGAAAGGAACUUUAAAUACAGCCCGAUAAAAGGAUAACAAUACUUGAUCAUAAGCAAUAGACAUCACAAUCGAGCUCUGCGAGAACUGAGGCAACUGUACUUGAUACUUGAGUGCUAGGACAGCGAAAAACCGAAGUUAGUACCUCUCAAAUACCAGUAAAUCACUAAAUCUCCUAACGGGCUUUCCUUAAGCGCUCUUCAGUCGCCGCCAACUGGCCCGCAACACUUUUAGUUCGAAUGACCUCAAGCUGAGCUCGACCUUACCUCAAUCUGUCAAAGGUUAAAAGCAAGCGGUUGCCUCUACUUUCACAGCCAAAUCAACACUCACGAACAGCCACACACCGACCGACCCAGUUAGAAACCACACAUUUUUGAUACCGAACCAAAUGAUAAUGAUUACUGAGAACCGGAAGCAGAGUGAAGAGAACAAAAGGACGUCUGACAACAUCAUUUACGAGUAUCUAUUGUGAACUACAUUAAUUGAUUGUGAGCUAAGUUCCGACUACUACAACCACUACUCUCUAUAAAUGUUUUUAAGUUAUUCACUAAAAUAAUUUUGUAAUAUACUAAACCGCAAGCUAAGCAACUUUUACUAUAACAACAAAUGAUGAAAACCG